UGGCUUUAGGGUUGAUGUUUUGUUUUCUCAGUUCUAGCCUUUAUUGUGCCUUGGUUAAUGGUGUUGGACCCAAAGACUGAGCCCUGGGCUGAGCUGAAGCGCAUCUACGAAAAACUACUGGAGGAGCUUUUGAAAGAGUACCCAAUUAAGACCAGGGUGGAGUUGGUUGCAUUCAAGGAGCUGGAAGGCGAAUCCAAAACUAAGAUUACCUUUCAAGGCUUUGACGCUUCCAUAACCGACGUAGACUUACCGCUACCACCUGGUGAGCAGCUGGACCAUAUCCAGUCCCUCCAGCCACCCAAUAUCACAGUCAAGGACGGGAUCAUCUACUGGGAUGACCCAGAUGAGUGUGCGACGCCUGACCUGAACAGGUGUGACGCCAACUCUUUUUGCGUCAACACUCUGAACUCCUACACCUGUGUGUGUCAACAUGGCUUCUAUGACGUCGGGCCUGCCUUCGUUCCCCCUCCUACCCCUGCCUCACAUCCUGUCUGUUAUGAAAAAGGGAUGUUCACCCAGUGCCUGACGAGGUCGAUGGCCGGAGGUAUCGCCAAAGCCUUCCUGAUUGGCUACUUCGGUGGCGACGUGACUGUUGUCUUUAAUGAAGGCCGUUGUACCAUGGAGGAGAGCGAGACGCUCUACCACUUCCACGUGUUGCGCAAACCCUCGCAGUGUGGAACGAUACGGCUGGUGAACAGAACACACAUCGAGUUCCAGAACACUCUGACAGUGACCUUGAGCAGAGAGAGGACCAUCACACGAAGAGAUCUCAAGGUUAUCUGGAAGUGCAUCUACCCCCGGAACUAUGUCCGCAACACCCAGAUAAAUGUAGAUCUGGAAUGGAUCACCUCCCACUCUGUGGUGGAGUACAACUCCUCCCAUCAGCUGGGGCUGGCCAUGACCAUGUACAGCGACAACUCCUUCUCCUACGGCUAUAGAGACUCCAUCGCCCUCCACCUCAGCGAUGUACUCUUCUUCGAGGUGGCCCUCCUGACAAACAACACGUUUGCCUCAGAGGUCCUGCUAGAAGUGAUUUCCUGCUGGGCCACAGAGAGCCCGGAUCCACAGGACGAAACCAAGGGCUUCUUUCUCCUAGAUGGCUGCCCUGUUGACAGCACCUUUCAUUGGCUCUCUGUGAACGGUGUGUCACAGAGGAGCAGAUUCUCCAUUCACAUGUUCACUAUGCCCAAGGGGUUACCCAUCUACAUGCACUGCCUGGCCCGGAUAUGCAGUCACGAUGAGGACUGUACUACGAACUGUACCACCCAGAGACUUUCAAAGAGAUCAACAGCUAGAUGGGAUCCAUACAUCAAUGUAGCUGUGGUCGUGUCUGCAGGACCACUGAUGGUCACCCCCGAGGCGGCACCAGGGACCAAACUCUCCAACUGGGAUGAGGCUUUGACCAUGAUCUACGUCGUGGGAGGAACCAUGGGCGUCUUGAUGUUGACGAUGCUUUGUGUGAGCGCAACAAAGGCUAUAAUGAAUUAUUAUGAGAGAGCAAGGCCUCAAUAAAAUCAUGGAACCACA